AUGAUAACUAAUAGUAAUAACAAUAUUAGUGGUCAACAACAACAACAACAACAACAACAACAACAACAACAACAACAACAGCAAAUGAAACCACAAAUAACAUAUAAGAAAUCAAUGGAUGAACAAAUGAGAGAGAUAGAAUCGAUGAACUUACUUUUGAAAGAGGAGAGAGAACGAUUCGAGAAAGAGAAAGAGAAAUUCGAAGAGGAGAGAAAGAUCAUCUUUGACAGUCUUUCAAAGUGUGUUGGCAGUGGCAGUGCAAAUAUCGGUAAAAACAUUGCCAAAGCCAUAAAGAAAGCAGAGAAACUACAGAAAGAGAAAAAAGAAAAGAAAUCGAUAUCGCUUAUCGCCAGCACAGGAAAUGUAAAUGGAAAUAUAAAUGGAAAUGGAAAUGGAAAUGGUGUUAAUCUUACGGCAUCAAUUUUCAAUGUAAAUAGUAGUAAUAAUAGUAAUAGUAGUGAUAGUGAAGAUAAUGGAUCUGUUGUCGUUGUUGGUACACCCUUCAAUGUUAAACACAAGGUACAUGUCGAUAUUGAUUAUAAGUGGACCGGUGAGGAAUCGAUCGAUAAGGUAUUUCAAUUUCAAGAGCUGCUGGGAACUGGUUCCUACGGUGAAGUGCAUCUUGCCAAACAUCGUGAUAACAACUAUACACUGGCGGUGAAAGUCAUACCUCUGAAAGAUUCAUCAGAGAUCGAGAAAGAGAUUACCAUCUUGAAGAAAUGUAAAUCAAGUAAUAUCGUUUCUUAUUAUGGAUGUAGUAACUCCGGUGAUAAUCUAUGGAUUUUAAUGGAUUAUUGUAGUUUGGGAUCGAUUAGAGAUAUGUUGGAGUUGACAGAGAAGACACUGAGUGAGAAACAGAUAUCCGCUAUUGUAUUGCAAGCCUUGAAAGGACUGCAUUAUCUACACUCCAACCAGAUCAUUCAUAGAGAUAUCAAAGCAGCCAACAUUCUUUUGAAUGAAGAUUCCGUUGUAAAACUAGCUGACUUUGGUGUAAGUGCACAACUCGAAGAUGAACUAUCAAAAUCAACUGAAUUCAUUGGUACUCCAUUAUGGAUGCCACCAGAAAUCAUACAAAAAAAACCGUAUGAUAAUAAAUGUGAUAUAUGGUCACUUGGUAUCACUAUUAUCGAGAUGGCAGAGGGUUAUCCACCCUAUUUCAAUAUGGCACCAACACGUGCAAUGCUAAUGAUACCAAACAAGUCACCACCUACUCUUUCGAAACCAACUCACUACUCGAAGGAAUUGAAUGAUUUCAUUGCAUGUUGUUGUCAAAAGGAUCCAGAGAAACGUCCAUCUGCAUUAGAAUUGUUAGCUCAUCCAUUCAUUCAAAAUACAGCGGCUGGAUCAACAGAGACUUUGAAACCACUGAUUGAAGAAUGCUUAAAGAAGAGAGCAAAGAAGAGGCAAGCUGCUGCUGCCGCUGUAUCAUUAAAAGAGAAAGGAAAAGAGAAGGAGAAAGAGAACAAGGAGAAGGAGAAAGAGAAAGAGAAGAAAUCAUCUUCUUCUUCAUCUUCAUCGUCAUCGACAAAAGAGAAAGAUCAAAAGUAUGUUGGAUCGAGCACGAUGAUUAUUAAAGAGGAUGACGAACAAUCGGAAGCCGCCAGUACAUUCAUUAUGCACGAUGACGAUAGUCUUAUACCGGAUAACGACAACGACAGUGAUACCGAUACCAAUCAAUUCGGUACAAUGGUUGUACACGACGAUGACGACAAUGAUGACGAUGUCAAAAGUAACAUACCUGACUUUAUAGCUGCACUUAAACGUACACUAAGUGAAAGUGGUGGUAUAACUAAUAGUAACAAUAACAAUAGCAAUAGCAACAAUUCAAAAGUAGUAAUUCCAAUUACAAAUACAUCUACAACUACAACUUCUUCUUCAAUAAUAACAACAACAGCAUCAGCAUCAGCAGCAGCAACAGUGUCAAAUUCACAAAUCGCUCAAUUGGAAUCUACUAUUGCUCAGUUAAAGAAUGAUGUCGCUGAGCUACAGAGUGUGUUGAAACAACAUGUAACCAAUGAGUUGAAACACUUUAAGAGUGAAAUGGUCACAGAGAUUGGUAUUAUGAUCACCGAUAGAAUGAUUACAGAGUUACCGACACCACCUGCUACAAAGCCAUCUUCCACACCGAUCAGCGGCAACGGAUCACCAUUCAACGUUCAACUUAAAAAGACACCUUCAAGUAAUCAUAUCUCACCCUCACUUUCCAAACCACCUCUUCAAUUAAGAAGAUCACCUGUACUUUCUAGUCAUACUGUAAAUAGUAAUUUAACAACAAAUUCAACAACAACAGCAAAUUCAACACCAUCAAAUUCAACUACAUCAUCAACAAAUUCAAAUGUAAUAAUACCACCUAUUUCUACUACUCCUUCAAAUGAACAACACCAACAACAAACACCAAAAACAACAACAACAACAACAACUAAUACUACUACUUCUACUUCUACUUCAAAUUCCAAUUCAAAUGGAAGUGGUAAUAAGAGAUUGUCAACAAGCUAUAGACCACCUUCACGUGUAAGUAGACCACCUACACCAUCUCAACAAAUGAGAGCAACAGCAGCGGCAUCAGCAUCAUCGGAACAACAAGAUCCAAAUGGUUCUACACCUACUAGCGAUCAGAAACCCAAACCACCAUCUAGACCAACACCACCGAUUCCAAAGGUUUCACCUUCCAUCAACAAGAGAGCACCGUCACCCUCGCCCUACAAGAAACCAGCAGGUGCAGUAUCACCUCGUGCUCCACCUCCUUUGCCACCCAGUCGUAACCUACCUUCAACCCCACAGAACAGCAGCAGUAACAGCCAAGCAGUACUUGCAGGACUCAAACCAACUUCACCAUCAAGCCCAUAUGUACCACCAAGAUCAACAUCAUCAUCCUCAUCAUCAUCAACUAAUAUUAGUAAUAAUUCCUCAUCAAAUGUAAACAAUCUAAAGAGAAGAUCAACUACUUUAACAACGGGUGUCAAUAAUGGUGCCAGUGGAAGUGGUAGUAAUCCAAAUAGAUUAUCUACAACUUUAAAUAGAGAGACAACCACAACUACUACCACAUCUUCCUCAUCAUCAUCAUCAAAACCAUCAACUAUUCAACAAUCUACAUCUUCAUCAUCACUUUCAUCUAAUGCAUCAUCCACCUCUUCAAAGAGUUCUUCAUCAACACCAUCUUCCUUAAGGUUGAAAACAAAACAAGUUAAAGAAAAGGCAAUGUCUAUCUUUUCUCCAAAGAAAUAA